CAAUCAGUCGCAUCGUGACCACGCGUCGCGUUGCACGUCGUCCGCUCACCGUGCAGCGCGAAGCGCAAACAUCGCGAAGUGUUUACACUGAGUACCGACCGCGCCAUGGUGUCCGUGGGCUCGUGGAGGCGCCGCACUCCCGACGAAUGCGACGAUCGCUCCGACCCCGGCGCUAGCAGCUCGGGGGUGCCUCGCGCGCCGCCCAACUGUGCGCGUUGCCGCAACCACCGCCUGAAGAUCGAGCUGAAGGGCCACAAACGCUACUGCAAGUACCGGUACUGCACCUGUGAGAAGUGCCGCCUAACGGCUGACCGCCAGCGGGUCAUGGCUCUACAGACCGCUUUGAGGCGUGCCCAGGCGCAGGACGAGGCGAGAGCGCGCGCUAUAGAGUCCGGCUCGCAGGACCCUAGAGUGGAGUUGGACCGGCCGGAGCCUCCUAUAGUUAAAGCCCCACGAAGUCCAGUGAUACCUCCACCGCCACCGCGCUCCUUUGGCUCAGCCAGCUGUGACUCUGUACCCGGGUCUCCCGGCGUGUCGCCGUACGCGCCACCACCUCCGCCGUCAGCGCCUCCACCACCCGCCAUGCCACCUUUAUUGCCGCCGCAACAGCCCGCGGUGUCGCUGGAGUCCCUUGUAGAAAACUGUCAUAAGCUUUUAGAAAAAUUUCACUAUUCCUGGGAGAUGAUGCCCCUCGUGCUAGUCAUCCUUAACUACGCGGGCAGCGAUCUCGAGGAGGCGUCGCGGAAGAUUGACGAAGCACAUUGGGUGGUCCACCAGUGGCAGCUGUACGAGCGGUCACUGUGCUCCAUCCUCGAGCUGCAGGCGCGAAAACGCACGUACGGCGUGUGCUGUUCGCCGCGGUACGUGCUCGCGCCUGAGUACGCGCCGCACUUGCUCCAGCUGCCGCUCGCCACGAGACUCUCGCCGCCGCCUGCGCACUUGUAGCGGUGCACCACUGCGCCAAGUGAGAUGGCGCAGUACACUGAACCCCCAUCGACCUCCACAUCGAGGGACGCUGACUGUUAAGUGCGGCUACGACUCCCAGCUCGAGUAGGAAAGUGAACUAUGAACUACCGAACUAGUGUUUAGAUCUGUAUAGACGUCAUGUAUAUAUAUAACGUGUUAAUGAAGCUAAAGAAUACCUAAUUGUUAUUUUAAGGCGCAUUAGGGCUUUCAUUCUUGUUGUUCCGAGCCCCGUGAUUUUCAGGUUAAGGUUUUACGCAUCGGUAUUUUAGUGCUAAUUUAUCGUGAUAUUGGGGAAAAUUAAAAUGAUCAAAAAAUGAUGUUUUAUCCUUUUUUUGACAUACUAAAAGUAAGAAAAAAAAAUUAUAAAACACCGAGGUUUUUAUGUAUUACGUAAAGGAACAAAUGCGCCACAGAUGCUUACGUAAAGGCGACUUUAUUGCCUUAAGCAAAUGAACGUGAUUCUUAUUAAAGACGUAAAAAACUCUUUAACCGUAACUCAUUAACCGACAAAUUAUAUGUAUGGUACGCUGUCAGUUUUAAAAAAUCGUGAAAAUUAAGUUCUAUUUUCGUUGGUUUGCUAGUGAAAAAUAUUUAAAAUAUAUGUUUAUUAUUUUUUUUUAAUUUCCCACUGUUGAACAAGAACAAAGCGUAGACCCAGACUGUAUAUCUAGUAUCUAUAUUAUUGAUCUGAAUCUUUUACAGAUAAUUUAAGGUUGGGCUGCUUGGAAGAUUUCUAUAACAUUUUGCUCAUGAUUUAUAAUGAUGUUGAUGACGUAUUUUCAUUAGAAUAAUAUACGCAUUAGAAGUCUAACUUCUUUCGUUUAUUUUCAUGGAGGUACUCGUACUUAUGCGUAUUCACCGACAUCCGACGCCGAUCCAGGUUCCAUUGUCCCGGCAAAUUCUGGGCUCGACACUAACAAGACUGAAAACCCUGGUCCGAAUACUAAAUUAAGUUGUUACUUGUACGUAGAUAUAGAUAAAUACAAUUGAAAUGUAUGCAUCUUUUAGGCUCGGACUACACGGUCACAGUUUCGUUUUUUUCAGGUUAUAUGUGGGUUCAUUUGAUAGCCGCUGUUUCUUAUCUUGAAAAUUGAGAGGUAGUUAAGCCCUUGUAUAUAUGUUUGCCCUAAAAAAUACUUCGUUUACUCAAAAUUUAACAAAGCCGCUUUUAAAAACCACUUGAAUAAAACUAUAAACGCCGAUGGACCGUGUUCCGUGUGUCUGAACCUUACUAUUUCUUGCGUCCAUUUCAUUUUGUCCAGUGAUAAAUAAUUUAAUUGUUCUUUCCUUUUCUAACAUUACUAAAAUACAUUUACAAACGCGAUCAUUAUUCUUGGGGUAUUUUUAAAAAUACUAUAUUCUUAUAGAAUUAAUAAGGAAGAUAUACGUUUUUAACGAUAAUAGAUACUAAAUAGGAUGAGUAGGAGACAAGUCGCAACGCUCUAUUCUCAAAAUCAAUACCCUUUUUUUGGUUUCCUACCGUCGGGUACAUUUACGGUCCCAUAUAUUUAUGAAAGCGCCAGUCUACGUUAUAAAUACCACUUCAUCCAUAAUUCGCGUUUUCUGGUACAUUUUCUCUCGUAAAUUCGCAUGUCUUAAAUUCAGGCAUAGAGUUAAGAGAGCAAUCAUCAUCAUCGCCAGAAUUUCAACCAAUAGACGUGCAUUGGACAUAAGUCCUUUAUAGAGACUUCCACGGUCCUUUGCCCGGUAUCCCGCUUUAUUUCGUCUGUCCACCAAGUGGCUCGGUUUUUAGCACCAUAGAACCGCAAUGUAUAUCGGACCUCCGUGCUAUACUAUUACUCACAAACGACGAAAUCAUUAAUUAAUAUUAAACAAAUUAAUGAAACAAAACAAUCCUUCGUCCGCCUCGAGUUUUGAAACGAAGUCCGCUGAAUCUAUAUUAUUUAGAAAAAAAAAACACAAUUUCUGUUCCAUCUUUGAAUGGCUCAUUGCUGCUUGUUUGGGCAAGUUAUUGAACAACACAACUGAUUUGGCGGGAUUUUCACAUGCAGGUAAAAGACUUUGCCAGGAAUGCAAAGUGCGAUGUUUCAGUUUAUAGGUACAAGUCGUUAUGGGUGGGCGUUUAUGAGUCAGUCAGUGAGGGUCAAAGGGUGCUAUAUAAUGAUGAUAAUUAUCAACUUAUAAACGUCCCUCUAAAUGGCACAGGUCUCCUAUAAGAAUGAGGAGGGAUAGGACGGUAUAGUCCACCACGCAGGCCAAGUACGGAUUGGUAUAUACUAUGAAUCCAAGCUAAAUCCGUGAAGACAAAUGUACACAAAUUGCGCUCAAAGUUCCCGGAGCAUUCUCAGAUGGUGGUGGCAAAGUCUUUUGAUGGCUACGUUCGCAAUUUCGUGUUUACUGAAAUACAGAUUAGGAAAGUGCCAGCAGAUUGCCUAAGUUUUUUAUAAUAUUUUAGUUUGAUUCUAAUUUUUGCAUACUAUUGAACUAGUUGAGUGUUAGGAGACACAAAUAAUUUUUGUCAGACUUAAAUAUGUACCACAUUCCAGCAAAUAAAGCAAUUCUAUUCUAUUCUAGGUUUCUGGUGGGGAUAUGGUAAAUAAAAGGGCCUUUACCCUACAGCAGUGUUUUUCAUACUUUGUUAAUCUCGGCAGCCUCUCUACAAGUAAAAACAUUCUAGCGACCCGUUUUACCCUAGGGACAUAAGUGAAUAAAAUCUUAGUGGACUGAACAUCAUAUAAAUAAUAUAAAAAAUAUCGACAAGGUCUAUGUACAGAGAGAGAAAAGAGUAUCUGGAGCUAGCAAGAGACGCUUUGAAAUUAUUAGUUGCUUACGCUGAUUCUGACUUAUGUGAACUAACGUACUGUUCAAUGGUGGACAUUAUUUGAAGCUUCAAUUAGUAGUAUAUGAUAGGUAUAUGAACAUUGGAUAGAAGCAGGCGUUACUUUGCGGAAUGAAUGAACAAUUUAAAAAUAGAUCCACGUUUUGACGAAUAACAAAAGAAGGCUCCUUGCUGGACUACGAUUACCUUCGACCUUGAAAUUUUUACCUUGUUUCAUUCGGCAACUAGGGGGACCCAAAGUUGAAACAACACUGGCUACUAGAGAGGUAGAAAGUACAUUUUCACACAGGCGUUGCGGCGGGCGGGGCCUUUAAAGCGCCGCCCUGUUCCGAAUCGAAUUACUAAUGCGCACUGUAGGCUUUACAAUUAGGGUUGUCAAGUACAUGUCUAAAGUUACACAAUGUCUUCUUAUUCGAACGACGACCACCCUAUACACUAAGAGUUCCGUACUGAGUUGGAGAUAUGCAGUAGUUCGUAUUUAUUUAUUUAUACAUUGUUUAUGUACAUGUUAAAAAAAGCAAAAAAAACAAACACUCGUAUGAGAGCUAUCUAGCAAUCUAUAGCAUGCAGACGUCCUAACGUUGCUUCUUUAGGAAAACUUAAAUGAAAACAAAAAAAUUCACGAGAAUUUUUUUUUUCGAUUUACGGUUGCUGGAUGUUUAACUGCGGCCUGCACUACAUAUAUCUACAUUGCUCUUUGCUUUUCAUAGUUGUAAAUAGCCUGUUUGUUGGUAGAUUAUAGGUUGUGAUUGUGAGCAUCAAAAUUAAUGGCAUAAACAGCUGUACCUACCUACUUACAUUCUUAGUGCGCAAACGCGCUGAGAAACCCGAGAGUUUACAAGUAAUGUAACUUGUAAGUACCAUACGCGACAAUUUUUAUCACACUUGCGAGGAAAAAAACAGGAUAAACUUUUAAUUACGUUCUCAUAAAAUAACUGACCCUUUUUUGCUGCUUUUCCACUGUACAGCGGCAUACGAAACUUUCAUAGUUUCGUAUGCCUAUUAUACUCGCGAUUCGUGCCUCGAUUAUUAUUCCCGACGGACUCAAAUCUACUAUUGCUCGACCUUCAAAUUUAAACUGGAUACCCAAAAGCAAAAAUAUUAACAUACAUGGCGCGACAGUUUUUUUUUUCGCGCUAAGGUAAUCGGAUGUACAGCCAGCAUAGUUCGCUGCAUCGUCCUAUAUUACAAAUAUAAUAAAGGGAAUAUUAAAUAUUGAAUAAUUGUGAAUUUAAAUCGUGUUUAAAACAUGACUAGUUAUGAAUUCUGACCAUUUUAUCAAAUUUUACGUUUUGUUUAAAGCAGCGGUUACUAUUUUUAGCCGUAAAAACCUCUUUGUUGAUUAGAAAAAAGUAUCUGUAUUACCCGGGUAGGGUAAUUUAUCAAAUAUAUAUAAUAUCUUUGAUUAUGAGCCUUAUAUCUACGGAAUAAAGUCCACGUUACUAGCAAGUGUGAUAAAAAAAAAACUUAUGAGCCGUGUUUUAAAAAUAAUUCUUUCUUAUAUCGACAGCCCUUUACGUAAUGCAACAUUGCACUUUGAUUACCGAUGAUAAGUAGUUGCGUAUAUUGAGCGCACGUAGAAUUACAGCCACGGACGCACCCGCCUUGAUUACUGUGAUUCUCUAUGCCCUUCCAUGUACGAGGUGGUAGGUAGGUAUAAUAAUCUCUCAUUGGCUGUGUCCAGCAUGGAACCUCUAAUGUGUAAUUUGGGUUUGCCGACAGAAAUGAUUUAUGAUUGUCUCUACAUUUGUAUUUUACGUUUUGUUGUCUGCGAGUUGGUUGUUAUUGUGUACACCAUCCCAUGUACGGGAUGUAUUUUUUUCUACAUUUUAACUUCUUUACUUUUUCCUACACACCAUAGUCAAAAUCUUCAUAAAACAAAACUGAAAUUUUUGCAGCGCAAAUUAAAGAAAAACGUGCUUUCGUAGGAUUAAUAGUUCCUUUAUCUACGUAGAGUCAUACGCUGACUCACUUCAUAACAUCGUCCGUACGUGCUCUUACUAAGGUUCCGCAGUUCGUAAGGGUAAGACUCAUAAGCUUCAUCAAGAAUUGGGCUAGCAAUAAUGCAGUUAUAAAGUUUAAACAAAUACAUUGAAUUCAAUUCUGGUUCUACUUCAUCUCUGUGUUAAAAAACAUAAUAUCGAGAACUCUCAAGGUAUAUUCAAUAAUUUCAUAACCUCCUUCAUUUAUCUCUUACAUUAUUUUUAAUCGCGGAGUUUUCAACACAAUAAUAAAAUAAAUAAAAAAGAUAUACUUAAAACGUGAGCGUGUUUUUAGACUUGCGUGUGAUUAUAACUUAUUCUUAUUUAUACCUAGAUAUCUCCUUAUUUAAGAAUUAAAAAGCAAUAUACAAAAAAAACAGUGCAGCUUUCUCAUGUUUUUGUUGCGCUGUAACUGUUCAAGAGAAACAUCAUAACUUCGUUUGAUCGGUCGUUUUAACCAUUGUGCAUUGAUGAACGUGAUUGGCUGGACAAAGCCUACCUAGAACUUAUGCUUUAUAAUAACUCUUAUAUAUUUUAUCCCAUUUAAAUAGGAUAAAAUGAAGUUUACCGCCAUCAGUAUAAGACUUCGAUAACUUCUUGUACAGUUAUAACAAAGCUCAAGAAUGUCGGGAAGUAUCUUGGAGGGACUUUGGGAAAAUUAGCGAUUUUGUGAUGCUUGUUUUCAGCAGUUCCUUGCGGCUAUCUAGUUGUCAUCUAGCCAGAGGGUAGUCUACGUAUAUCCGUCAUGCGUUUCAGUUCUUUCCAUUCCAGCACCGUGUGACUCCCGGUGUUCAUUACCAUUGACAUAAUAAGACGACUUUUAGUCAGUACAAGAUGAGUAAAAACACAGCCACCGUCACAAAGUUGCCUGUCUUUCGGUAUCUUACAAGAUAUAUUUCGCAGUGUGUAGGAACUAUUCAAUUUGGUUCCAUCGUCAACUCGAAUUUCGAGGGUCGUAGGGAUAUGCACCGAUACGUAGUUUAUAUUCCAUGGACUCUUUACGCGCGCUUCGCUUCCUCCGUUCUUCGAACUACAAAGAUCUCGAAUGCCCUUCCGGCAUCAGCCUUCCCCGAUAACUAUCAUCUUCCUUCGAAUCAAGAGUGAAAAGGCAUCUUCUACGCAAGCGCGCUACAGCCUACAUCUUAGCGUCGCACGCAUAAUCCAAAUUGUAUAUUUGCAUGCCGAACAUUUUUUACACAUAUUCAAGCUAAUAAAUACUAUUUAUUUUUCAAGCGCUGCUCUAUACGAAUAAAUAACAAACAAAAAUGUACUUAGUUCAAUACUAUUAACGUAAUAAUCCUUUUACAUCUCAGACCCAGCCUCUAGGUAGCUUAUCAAAUAAUGUCUCGGUAAAUGCAGUUACGCUGUUAUCUUUAGUUUAACCUGCCUGCCGACAAGAAAAUCGUAUUGCUUAGCAUAAUUUUGCAAUUUUAAUAUAAUAUUUAACGGAAUAUGAAAAAUCCUGGCGGGGAUAUUGCGCAAUGCCCUUUCUAUUUGAAGCUUUGAUUCUAGCCGACGAAUUCUGACAAAUGAACCUGUAAUUUAAUUUUUCAUAUCAAUGAUAGCGCAUUCAGGCGAGAUCGUACUUCCCAAUCAUACAAGAAUUUUGGGACACAUUGUAUGUUUAGUUCAGCCGUUUAAAUAAUGUGUUCCUGGCAGGUCGAGAUUUUUUUUUUCUUAUAUGUAGACAAGUGCUUGACUGAAAUCACACCUAAAGUAAGUAUUAAUGCAUGCCUAAGAUGGGGCGCGCUUGCCUGGAAGAUGGCUAUUCACUCACAUUGAUUUGAAGGUUAUAGAUAUCGGGGAAGACGGACGAUGGGAGGGCAUUCCAGUCCUUUGCGGUACGAAUCAGAAAGGAAGAAGCAAAACGCUUCGUACGUGUUGAUGGUAUUCCAACAAAUUGAUGGUGCGGUUUAACGAUCAAAUGAUUUUAAUUGUUUAUUUUCCUGCGAAUGAUUUUAUCAU